CAGCACUGGCAGCAAACUGAUAAGACAAACUGAUUGAUAAAUCUUUGAAAAAUAAGAAAACUGAAUUUUCAAUUCAAUUAUUUUCAAUAAAUAUGUGAAUUUAUGAAUUAAUAAUUUGAUAAUAGUAAAAAUUGAAACGUAUAAGGUAUCUUGGAAUAUCAUUGUUCAUUUUUGAGUCAUCUGGAAGAGAAAGGAAAAUGUCGUUUACAUCUGUUCUGAAUUCGUUGAAAUCCUUCAUAACUCCAACUUCACUGCAAACAUUAGCGGUUCGUCACGGUCAUCAAAUGUGCACACGAAAUCACGCCGGUCGUCCCAAAGCUAAAAGACGUGGUAUCAAAAGAAAUCAUAAUGCCAACGUUCUUCAUGGACAGCUGCUAGUUACUCAAAGAUUACUGAAAUUUCAUCCUGGCAUGAACGUAACAAUGGAUGAAAAUCUGGGAUUACGAGCCAUGGUAUCUGGUACCGUUAAAGUUUCAUGCGAGAAAUUCGAUCCAGAUUUUGAUAAUCCUACCGUAGUACGGUUUUAUCAAGAUCGCGAAGGAGCUAUCUACAAAAAGUACUUUAAUGUUGUACCGUAUCCUUUACAAGGUAAAUUCCGCCUUAAAACCGUUGUUUGAACUUUUUCGUAGCUUAAGAAAUCAUUGUACUGUUGUUCUUGUAAUAAAUUUUUUCAAAACUGUA